AUGCCUGAUGAGAUGCUCAUGGUGGUGGAAGGCUAUGAGAAUCUCGUUGCCCUCCAGCGCCGAUCAUGCAUCGUUAUGCCCAACCACUCUUCUGCCCUUGACCCGUUCAUUCUGAAUGGCCACGGUCUGAUUGCGCCCAAGUACAUUUUCAAGCGAUCGCUCAUCCUCCAGUUUCCGCCAAUCUUCCUCUUGGCCUGGGCAUACGGUCACAUCCCGAUCAACAGGUCGAACCGGGAAUCGGCCAUCAAGAGCCUGCACGGCGCCGCCAAGCGGAUCCAGAAGUACAACCGAGCCAUCGGCAUCUUUCCCGAAGGAACGCGCUCCAAGGACGGCCAGUUGCUGCCCUUCAAGCGCGGCGGCUUCCACCUGGCGCGUGAAACCCAGGCAUUUGGACCAGGCGUUCCUAUUGGCCCAGUAUCCAUUGAGGGGGCGCAUGAGCUGUACAGCCCCGCAUCCUACUCUUUCCACCCCGAUGCUGGAACUGUGAGGCUCCGCAUGCUGCCCGCUAUCGAGUGCACGGAGAGCGACACUGUUGACACGUUGGAGAAGAAGGUGCGCGACGCCCUGGAGAAGGCGCAGAAGGAGCGCAAGCCGCUGCCACACACCACGUCAGGCUUGCCUUCGUUCUUCGCCUGCCUGGCCCUCAUCGCGGUGGCCGUGUUCGAGCUCCGCUUCCUCUACGGCCUCUUCUUCUGA